AUGGAUGAGCUGACGCAGUAUCUCGACGGUAAUGUGACUGAUUCGGAGCCGCUAUCUUUUUGGAGAGAGAAUCAAUUCCGUUUCCCGGCGACGGGCGCUGGGGUAGAACGCCUAUUCAACACUGCACGCGAUAUCUGCCACUAUCGCCGCGGUCGUAUGGAGUCUAAGACCAUUGAAGAGCUGAUGCUAUUCCUCUGCACAUCGAGGUUUGACCUUGAUGUGCAGGAAGCUAAGGAGAUAGCACAAGAUCUCCCAUCUGAUGAGAUUGACGCAAUGAGGGAACAAACUGAUGAGAUACCAGAUGAUGUCGACGUUGAAGAGAUCAGUGAUACUGAAGAGCAGGGUGAUAGACCUGAAUCUGUAUCUGAGGAUCUGAUAGAUGUUGACGAUGAGGUUGAAGAUAACGAUGCUAUUAUCAGAUUCACUACUGCACCGUCUCAGGUGCGGACAUCGGGGAGAAAAAGGAAGCAUGUUGAUGAUGAACUGUAUGAACAUUAUUAG